AUGGUUCGUCGCCGCGCUUCCUCGACGCCUUCAGGGGAAUCUUCGCCGCGCGGCCGCCGCCAUCGCGCAGUUCGUCACCAGUUACUGUCCUCUGCGGAGGAAGAGUUUGUCCUUGUGCCUGUGCCCCGCUCGGCCUCGCCAGAGUGGGAGGGGUUUCGAUUCCCCUUCUCCCCUUCCUGCUUCGGCGGAAACGGUUCGGGCCGAAUCGCCCUCCUCGAGGCGUUCGUUUCAUCGCUCUCUUCUCCUUCUUUGUCGGCGGCCUCCGUUGGGCCGGUGCGAGGAGGUUAA